AGCUCGACGCCGCGGCGGUGCCUCGCUCGACUUCACUUCACCACCGAAUGCGCCCCCAAAACCAAAUCCCUCGACAAAAAUCCCCAAUCCUCAUGGCGACGAGCCCGCCUCCGCCGCGCCACGGCCCCCACCCGCCGCCGGAGCUGCCAGAGGACGUCAUGCGCGAGAUCCUCCUGCGCGUGCCGGCGGACGACCCCGCGAGCCUCGUCCGCGCCGCCGCCGCCUGCAAGAGCUGGCGAGGCAUGGUCUCGGACCCCGAGUUCGCCCCCGCCUACCGCCUGCUCGGCGGCGCGCCGCCCAUGCUGGGCUUCCUCUACGACGACCGUCGGAAGUACUGGAUCUCCCACUUCCUCCCCACCGCGACCUCCCCCCCGCUGGCCGCCCGCGACCUCGAGCACUGGCACGCCCUCGACUCCCGGCACGGCCUCGCCCUCUUCUACGCCCCUAGAAGCGACGCGCACUUCGUCGUCUGCGACCUCGUCACCGGCGAGCGCUGGGAAAUCCGCGCCGACCCCAAGUGCUACGACAUCAUGUGGUCGAAUUUGCUGUCCGACAGGCGUCUGCUUGAGAACGAUGAAAUAUCCUGCAAUGCUUCCGUGCUCUGCGCCAAGGAUGGGUGCGACCACCUUGACUGUCAUGGCGGCCCUUUCCUCGUGGCCUUGGUGGGCCACGACGUGGAAGGGCACCGGUACAUGAACUACGCCGCCGUCUACUCGUCAGUUACUCGCGAGUGGAGCGAGGUGACCUCCGUUGAGCAAGUGCAUACAAUCAAUGGCACGGGGCACAGUGCUGUUGUGGGGAACAAUGUCUAUGUUCCCUGCGUGGAGGAUGACAGUGUCGUGGUGUACAACACGCGUGACAAAGAGCUAUCUGUGAUCAAGGUGCCGCUUGAGGAGCAGCAGCCGUACCUUGACCUCAUGGGGUUAGAGGAUGGCAUGCUGCUGUUUGCGUCUGUGCUGAAGCCUAGGCUCUACCUAUGGUCAAUGGAGGCUGGUCCCAGAGGAGCCGCGGGAUGGGCGCGACGCAGGGUCAUCGAGCUCGGGUCGUUGCUCCCUCUUCCUGUCCUCGAGGACAAGUUGGACGUGUCGGCGGUUGGUUUUGCGGAAGGUGUUGGUGUCAUCUUCAUGAAGACAAGGGCUGGGUUGUACAAAAUCGAGCUCGAAUCAGGGAAAAGCGACCAGGUGCACGGAGGGUGCAUCGAUAAGGUCAUGCCCUACAUGAGCUUCUACACUGGAGCAUGGGGGCCCUUGAAAGCAUCUGAUGAAGCUUCACGUACAGUUGCUGGUGCCACAACGAUAUAACCAAAUGGCGUCAGGACUUGGGUUCACGUUUUCUGCACUGGAAGAUUCUGAAGUGAACCUCGGUCUCAUGUCCUGCUGGUAGUGCUGAACAGUUUGGUUAGGGUGGAUGCACUAUAUUUUCUAUUUGUGCUUGUGCCAUAAACUUGAGUUUGUUUGUUCGUCCGAGGUGAGUGUAGCUCAAGCUGACUGUCAGGAGAUAUUUUAGUGAUCAGUUGAUGGUUUUGUGGAUUGGUGCAAAUUUCUUGGCCUCCGUCAUUGGCUGUUAGAGAUGAUGUUAUUGUCUUUGAGAAUUCACUCUUCUGAGAUUUCUGCAGUAACAAAUUUCCUAAAA